ACGCUGCAGUCACUACAAAGCGCCGCGAAACGAGCGGGGACAUCAUGUGCGAAUUGCAAAACCACAACGACAACCCUUUGGCGGCGGAACGCAAGCGGUGAACCAGUGUGUAAUGCAUGCGGCCUCUACUACAAGUUGCAUAAUGUCAAUCGUCCACUGACUAUGAAGAAAGAAGGCAUUCAAACGCGAAAUCGCAAAUUAUCGUCCAAGUCGAAAAAGAAGAAGGGUCUAGGUGGUGCUUGUUUACCAAUUGGCAGUCACUUGGGAAUGGGUGACUUUAAGCCACUCGAUCCCUCGAAAGGUUUCGGCGGCGGUUUUCCAGCAUCGAUGGCACAACAUGGCCAUCUUUCCAGCGGUUUACAUCCCGCACAUGCGCAUAUGCAUGGCGGCUGGUAUGCCGGCGGCAUGGGCGCUUUGGGUGCUUCUAGUGGCCUACAGGGCGGCUUCUCAACGGCGGGUUCACUGGGUGGCGGUGUGGUGCCACAUUCGCAGCCAUAUCAUCUUGGUUUGGGUUCGAUGGGCACCUGGCGGACGGACUACACGUGAUGGAGCGGGAAUAAUUUGAAUAAUAAUUUUUUCAACUGAAAGUAAACAAGGCAAAGCAUUUGCAAAAAAAUAGAAGCAAUAAACACGCAACAAGCUAAGCGCUUUGCUGAAGAACGUAACCAGAAAAAAUACCAGUGAACCCGAAAUGUCAAUAAGAAAAACAAAUCUGCAACAACAAGCCAUACGCAAAGCCGGCAACAACAACCGCAGCAUAAAAACCGUAACUGAACGCUAACGCCUACUAAAUUUGCAUACAACAAAGAGUAAACUGCAUGCGAAAUAGAAUUGACUACAACAACAACUAGUCUAGGAUUUCAACUAACACAACUACCAGCAAUAACAGUUUGGCACAAAACAUCAAUCAUCAAAAAUAAUAAAAAUCGGUAAAUACAAAACCCUAAUUUUGCACACACAAAAAAUUCAAUAUCUUACUGCGCACCUCCCGGCACUCUUCGGUUCUCCACGACCACCUUUCUUGGGCGUUGUGCCUUUGGCAACUAAUGCUGGGAUUAUCCUGUCGCCGCCAACAUUAAUGAGUGCAUAGUACGUUCAUAUGUAUGAAGGAAUAUGCGAAUAGUUGUUGUGGAAUGCAUCAUCAUUAGGUGUAAAAACAUACCAAACAUACAAAGGAACGCACAAAGGAGUCCACAAAGUAACAUACCACGCAUUAAAAUUUGU